UAACACUCGUUUAGCAGUCCGCGUCUUAACCCGCUGGACCAGACGGACAAUGGCCGGUAACACGAAAUUAGCGACCAUAUUCUGCGUCGAAAGAAAAACGCAUGAAAACUCGGAAACACGCGUUUUCCCAAACAUAAGACUAAUCUAGAUCGAUUAUUUACCCCCAAAAACCCCCAUAUACCAAAUUUCAGGAAAAUCGUUAGAGCCGUUUCCGAGAUCCCGGAAAUAUAUAUACAAGAAUUGCUCGUUUAAAGGUAUAAGAUAUAAUAUUGUCGUGCAGUGUUAGGGCCAUCCACACUAGCGUCUCCCGAGCCUCGGCGUCUAGCCAACCUAGCCAACUCAAUAGCUACUGUUCAACGCAACGUCGGCGCAACUGCGCAGCGACGCCAUUUUCCAUAGCGGUGACUAGACGCCGACGCUCAAAUGACGCUAGUGUGGGAUGGCACUUACAGGUUGUAAUUUCCCUAUAGGGACCGUGCGCGUUGGAGGGUCUGCCAUCUUGUGGCCUGAAUCGGAACCAUAAACAUGCACAUGUACACGUCACGUGUUUUCUUGUGCAUAGUAGGUUCUGCCAUCUUGUGGGCUACAUCGGAACGAAAAACAUCACAUUUACGCCUCGCGCCAAAAAUCUGACGGCUCCUGUGCUGCCUCCUACAGUUCAUGCACGCUCCCUAUUCCCAAAAGUUAGGAAAAUUGGUGAAACAUAUGUGUGGAUACCUACAGUUUUGGUACAGCACAAAACUACGCGUUUUUAAACAAAGCAGCUGCCACUUUAAGCGUUAUCAAACGAAUCUACAAAAUGAAACUAAUUUAUUUCCUUUAAAACCUAUGGGUUACCAUUGAAUUUACCCCACUACUCAAAGUAACGUAACUUUGGCACAAGAAAAUAUUCAUUAUAUUUGUACUUUCUGCUCAUAUGUCUCUCAUUAAUAUGCACUAUCAAAACAAAUAAUAAAGCGAAAUACCCAAACGCACCGAUAAAUUAUACUAGGUACAAUGAUUUCCUCGUCUAGUGAUUUCGACCAACCUCAAUCGAUUACCAGGUCAAGGGGCAUAUAAGAUAAUUUAUUCUUGUACCUAAUUAGAGCACAUUUCGCCAAAUUUUUAGUUAAUUGAUUGUUUAGAUAGGAUUGAUUUGUCUUAAAGUAACGUGCUUAGGAUAGGUCAACAAUUUGACCACUUUCUCUCCUAGGCCACACGAUAAGUCCUAGGCUUUUUUUAACUCCUUGAUUGUCACGGACGAUGGAGUCCGAGAUGGCAAUCAAAAUUCAACACUUAAAAACUCAAGAUCGAUUUUGGUUGAUGAACUUCGCUAGCGCUGGCGCUUCAUAAUAUGGAAUUGUAUCAUAUCAUCAUCAAUGGCCACUGCAUCCCUCACGGUUGCAACGCUCAACGACAGAAUUAUCUAUGCAGAGGCCGUGAGUUUAAGUCAAACACAAGGCAGUAAUUUUUCCAUUUUUAAAAUUGACUCUAAGCUUAAUACCUUCGUUCGCAGACGUUUCUACGUGUUAAAUAUUUAUUUAGAAUGAUCUUAACUAUUAAUUGUGUUUGAAAGCUUUAUGUACGUCCCAAUGUAGGGAAUGAGGUCAAUUUAAUUCAGAAGAGUGAAAUAAUAGUUACAGGGUAAAAAAAUACGAAGAUAAGACAUUUAAAACUGCGCUGACAGUUUGUCUAAAUGCUAGUAACGCGACGAGUGUAAUUUCUGAUUGACCCUUUACCGUGCGUUAGAUCUGAACUACUUCAAACUAGCGUUUUCCCGACCUAGCGCCAGGGUCCGCUUUCCUACUCAAUCCUCAUCCUCAGGUGUGAGAUUGUACAUCCAUGUCCGCUAUCACGACGUCCAGCCAGCGCUUGUUAGGCCUACCGCGGCCGCGUGUUCUACUAUUAACAGAAAUUAAAUUAGGUAAUAAUAUUGUUAUCUCAACCUCAUCAAGUAACAUUUAAAUUAAUGUCGCACGCGUAAACGAGAUACUACAGAUAUCAGUCAACUACUAACCGAAUGACCGCAACGUCGUGUUAAUAUCACUAUGUACAAAAUAGUGCAAAUUUCACUUCUAAUAUCAAAUAUAGCACUGUCUUUUACAUUAAGUAAUACAAAAGAUGAGAAGAGUAGUUUGGUGUUUGUGUUCGACACGACGGGGUCUAUGUAUAAUGAUUUGAAGCAGCUGCGGGAGGGCGCGGAGAUGAUAUUGGACACGGCAUUGGAGGAGAGCAGUAUUAUUGCCGAUUUUGUGUUUGUGCCGUUCCAUGAUCCUGGUGUCGGCCCAGCAACAGUGACCCACAAUAAAACCGUAUUCCACGACGCCCUGAACAUUGUCAGAGUAUACGGUGGCGGAGAUUGUCCAGAGAAGAGUCUAACCGGUCUCCAACUAGCCUUGAACGUCAGUCGACCGCGGUCUUUCGUAUACGUGUUCACUGAUGCUACUGCUCAUGAUCAUAGGCUGGUUGGGAAAGUGUUGGAUCUAGUCCAGAGAAAGCAAAGUCAGGUAGUGUUUGUACUAACAGGGCACUGCGACGACCUAAAAAAGCCCUCUUACCUCGUGUACCCUCAGAUCGCCGCCGCCAGCUCUGGGCAAGUGUUUUAUUUGAAGAAGACUAAUGUUCACAAGGUUUUAGAUUUUGUAAGAAGUUCAAUAAAAGCCAGAUCGGUUAACCUGGGCACGGUGACCAACCCGGCUGGAUAUAACUACACGCGAGAGAUUCCCGUGGACAGCUCGCUAGACGAAGUUACAGUAUCGGUUUCGGGCUCCAAGCCUAAGAUCCAAGUAUUCAGCCCCACCGGGGUACAACUGACAGGCCCGCCCGAACUAGUAACCACGUUAGACUUGGCGGAGAUUAUGGUGGUGAAAGUCUUGCAGCCUGAGCCUGGGAACUGGUCAAUAACCGUCGGCAGCGAAGCGGAGCACUCCGUCAAGGUGGUGGGGCUGUCUAAUCUGACCUUCCACCACGGGUUCUCUGUACAGCGACCGGGCUCGCCCGCGGAGACCAGCUACAGGCCGCUACAAGGUGCUUAUAAUUUCAUGAUGCUGUCAUUGACGCACAUCGAUAAAUCGGUCCGGGUGUCUCAUGCUGAGAUUCUCAGCCUUGAUGGAAAUACACUAUUUGAGAUACCUUUAAAAGAAGUGGAUGCCGCUAAUAAGAUAUAUUUGGCUGAGGCGUUCAUUCCGCCUGAUGAUUUAUUUUAUAUUGCUAUUAAUGGUAUGGAUGAAGACGGACAAGAAAUACGAAGAGUCGGCGCAACGGCUGUUCAGGCCAAAGCUCCAGAUGCUCCAUAUUUGACCGCUCCUAAAAAGAUUCGUGCAUUACGGCAUGACACAGUGGCACUUCAUUGUGAUGUGGAGAGCUUGGUGCCUGUAAACGUGUUUUGGAUGAAAGAUGGCACGAAAAUUCAACCGCAGAUUUCGAGCUUACAGAGUACAUCGGUUCAGUACGUAAUAAGGAAUAUGAGUGAGGAAAAUGUGGGCACGUACGUGUGCACAGCCAGAAACGUGGCGGGAGUGAAGCAAAUAACCACUGAAGUGGAAUUAAUAGCGGAACCACCAGUGGUAACAAUGACGGCCAGCAGCGAAACGUUGAUGGCGGGAGAAGAUCUGUCAAUAUACUGUUCUGUGGCAUCCGAGAUUACUUUGACUACAUAUCAGCUCACGUUCACAGGGAGGGACUCUCAAAACGAAACCUACUUGGACGUGGAGGCGCAUAACGAUGGAGUCUACUAUUUUAAUAAAGUAAUUGAGAAUGUAAAGGAAAAAGAUAGCGGUGUUUAUUCGUGUAAAGCUGCACAUGAAGGUAAAUGCAAUUAUCAGAAUAUUUUUUGUAUUGUAUGUGGCCAAUCGUCUAAAACUCUCACCAUCACUAUCACAACUCCCCCCACAGCGCAUAUACUUGGGCCGCAUACAUUACCAAGAGUCCUACACACUUCCAUACAACUAGUGUGUAUAGUUGAACAUUGCAGUGAAGUUCAGUGGUUAUAUAACAGCGCUGUAGUGGAGAGACGGUCGGUCAAUGGUAGCGAUAAUGCUGUGUUAGAAAGAGCGGUUGAUGGAGAUGGGGUUUGGACUUGCACGGCUCUGAAAGGAGAUUAUAAAGUGUCAGAUUUCGUCCAAAUAAUAGCUCUAAUAAAACCAGAAGUGGAAAUCAAUGGAGAUAAAAACAUUACCCUACUGAAUGGCACGGCAUACAGCAUCAGCUGUUUAGUAAAAGCCAAGCCGGAGCCGCGGAUAAUAUGGCAUAGGGAAACAGAGACUUUUCUUAACAAUACCGUUUCAGUAAUUUCCCCGAACGUCUACAGAAGCGUCUUAGAAAUCGACAGUAAGACCACGAAAGUGGAUGGGACUUACUUCUGUUUCGGAGAAAAUGCGGCGGGCAUUCACCAGGACUCCGUCACUGUCAGCGUCAGGACGCCUAUGAGACUGUUGCAAGGAUUUUCGGAUAUAUCAACACAACUGUACUCCAACGUAACUUUGGUAUGCCAAAUAGAAUCAUAUCCAACCGCCCAAAUAAAAUGGUACCACAAUACCACCGAAAUAAGUACUAAACAAAAUAUACGGAUGUCUAGCGACAACAUUGCGAUUGAAAGAGUUGACUUUGAUGACCUCGGGCUCUAUGUGUGUAAGGCUAGUAAUGGAUAUGAGGAACUAGUUGUGAAUGGGACCUUAAGUGUUUAUGGUCUAGAAACUCCAGCGUUGGCCAAGGAACCGAGAACUGUGGUGUCAACGAAAGGAAAUACUACUAUUUUAACAUGUAGCGUUUUAAGGGGCAAUCCAACGCCAACAUUAUCAUGGCAAUUUUUACCCGACUCAUCCCAAGAGUUCAGUCACUUACCGAGGAACAUGACAAGUCAGGAUCUAACUGCGGUCAUCAUAUCAAAUGUCACUAUUGACCGCGCUGGCUUGUAUCGGUGUAUUGCGGAAAAUGUACUGGGGAGAGAUUAUUACGACGUGAAGUUGGUGGUUCAGUACCCCCCAGAAAUUGAAUCUAACGAGAUAGACCCCAAACCUUUGGAAAUCGAAGCUGGACAACCGUUGACUCUUUCGUGCCAUGCUGAGGGCUUGCCAAAACCGUGGGUCACUUGGACCAAGGACUUAAUGCCAAUAGGAUAUACGAAAAAUAUGUAUUUAAAUAAUAACCAGGAAUUGGUUAUAGAAAAAGUUACAGAAUAUGAUUCGGGAUUAUUUACCUGCAACGCUACUAGCAUAUUGGGCUCGACGCAGAAAAACUUCACAGUAAUUGUCUAUGUUCCCCCAAAAAUAACUGGGCCAAUAAUGGAGCCAGGACCACAGCAAUUCGUAGAAGGGCAGCUAGUGGAGUUGCCGUGCCAGGCCCACGGCUACCCUCGGCCCGAAGUCACGUGGUUGCAGAACGGGGAUGAAAUCAAUCACGACCGGAAAUAUAUUGACGAGUUUGGGAUGAGAUUUGUGGCAAAUUUAACGGAUUUCGGCGAAUAUACUUGUAUCGUUAAAAACAAAUAUGGAAACACAAGUUUUAGCUACAACGUUUAUAUUUGGGUUCCACCAUCAAUUGAACCUCCUCUGGACACCGACACAGAUGUCCUCAUAGGUACAGACGUAAGUCUUAAUUGUGACGCUGUUGGUUUCCCACUGCCGGUCAUAUAUUGGGAGUUUAAUGGCACUGUUAUUAACAAAAACAGUUCUAAUCUAAGCUUCAACGAGUACGGAACGAUGAAUAUAACAAGUGCGAGCGCAAAACAAGAAGGACUUUAUGCGUGUUUAGCUGAAAACAUCGCUGGAGUUGCAAGGAAGAAUUUCGACUUACGAGUCAACGAGCCACCAAGGAUUCUAGAAGACAACUACACCGGGCCAUACAUAGCGACAGAAAAGGACCUGCUGCUGAAGAUUAAGUGUAGAGCUACAGGCAAACCUAGACCAUACAUUUACUGGAUGAAAGAUGACGUGUAUCUUGACAAAGAUAGCAGAUAUGACGUAGACAUUGACGGGACUCUGGCUAUAAAGUCGCCAUCUGAGGAUCUGAGCGGAUUCUAUACAUGCUUGGCGAAGAACAAAGUUGGAGCGGCCAAUAAAACAGUUCCUGUUGAGAUUUAUACUCUGCCCUCAAAACUUCAAGCCGACGAGUCUCAAUCAACAAUCACAUUUGUAGAAGGAACCGACGUUUCUGCGGAGUGUCCAAUAAAAGCUUCGCGAAAUAGCUCAGUCACAUGGUAUAAGGAUGCCAAACUAAUAUCGCACGGGCAUCUCUUGCUCGCCAACAUAUCUCGUCUCAACGAAUCCACAUACGCCUGCGUAGUAACUAACGCUAUAGGCUCCACUCACACUAUAGUGCGAGUGCUGGUAGAAUGGCCUCCACGGUUCAUAAAAGAAGAGAAAGGAGAUGUGACAGUGGUGCGGGGAGAGGAUAGGUGGUUGGAGUGUGAUGUCGAUGCGAGACCGAGCGCUACGAUUAAAUGGAUGGCGAACUCCCGAGUAAUGCUAGGCGAAGACAGACCUCGUUUGAAGCUUAUAAAUCUGCAACUGCAUCACACUGGAGUAUAUAAGUGCAUAGCCAGUAAUAAGCACGGCACUGUGGUCAGGCAGUUUAAUGUCGAUGUCCUUGUUCCACCUUUUAUAUCAGAGUUCGAUUUGUUAGACGUCCAACUGAAGCAAGGAAUGAACGCUACCCUGGAAUGUGAGGCGAGGGGAUCCCCUCGGCCUAUAAUUGAAUGGACUUACAGUAACCCUAGCUGGAAACUCGUCAACUCUUCACUGACCACUACCAACGUAUCCAACACCUCAGAAGGCCUGUUCCGUUGCUCGGCGCGCAACAUUGCCGGCUCGGCGCAUAUAGUGUACAAUGUAGCUAUUGCCGCACCUGCAGUUAUUGAGGAAAUUGUACUGUAUAAUGAAAAAGGAAGCACUGUGGAAGGACAUGUAGAACUUGUGGUUGGCAGCACUGCCCGAUUAUCCUGCAAAGCUUCCGGCCGACCUACCCCCAAAAUACAAUGGAUCAAAAACGGGAAAACACUUAGCGAAAACCAGCAAGACAUAAAUUAUGCCGACUUAGUAUUCAGUAAUGUGAAUACCAGUAGUUCAGGCGUGUAUUCUUGUGUGGCGAUCAACGAAGGCGGGAUGGAUGGUCGGAGAAGCAAGGUAGAUGUGCUAGAGCCCCCUAAAAUAUUCAAAAGCCUAUUCCAAAAUUGGAACUCCACGGAGACGGAAACAAGGCUGGAGGUAAUAUCCGGACAAGCGUUCAAUCUGCACUGCCAUCCUUAUGGGAACCCUAUGCCUGAAGUGUAUUGGUUUAAGGAUGGCGUCCCUUUGAGAUUAUUUGACGAAAGUAUGGUAUCAACGGAUUUCGGAGAAGUGAUGCAAUCCCGCGAGGCCCGACCGGAACAGAGCGGGGACUACAUUUGUGUCGCUAGAAACUGCGUUGGGAAUACUAGCAUCGUUUACACGGUGGACGUCCUAGUUCCACCCCCGCCAUCCAAAGACUCCCACACCACGAUUAUAAGAGUCGGCAGACCACUGACUCUAACGUGUCCAAUCGAAGGUAGCCCUUCCCCUUACGUCUCGUGGAUCAAGCAACCCUACACAGAACUCAUCAACACGUCGAGGCUGUCACUGUCUCAGGACAACGUUACUUUGAACAUACCCAAAACCGAGACAUUCGACUCCGGCCUCUACUCCUGCAUAAUGACGAAUAAAGUCGGAACAACUGAAGUGAUGUUCGACGUUAUCAUCGAAAAGCCGCCGUCCAUUGCUGGCAAUGUAGGCGCUAAUAUUAGUGAGACGAGGAUUGUGCCGUUAAGGAGGAGCCUUGUAUUGAAGUGUGAGGUUGAUGGACAUCCAACGCCGAGGAUUUCUUGGUUGAAGGACACCCUGCCACUAAGCGGUGGUUCAAGCAACAUCCACCAAGUACUGAGCAACAGUUUACUAGCGGUAUGGAGUUUGACUCCUCGCGAUGCGGGCCAGUACAUCUGUGUGGCCGAAAACAGCGCCGGUUCGACGCACAGGCGGUACAACGUCGUUGCACAAGUUCCCGGCAAGUGGAGCGAAUGGUCCGCGUGGAGCUUCUGCAACGUGACGUGCGGGCUCGGCCGGCAGGCGCGGGGCCGGCUCUGCCAGUACAGCGACACAACCGCCACUGUUGAUGAGAAUAGCAAAUCAGACAAAUUUCUUCUUGAUCAGACAGCAUGCAAGGGGCCCAGGGCCGAGCAGAGAAAGUGUCACAUGCCACCGUGUGAGGAGGAAGAAGGACAAUGGUCUGGUUGGGCCAAGUGGUCCGCCUGUUCGUCUUCUUGUGGCACGGGAACUCAGGCCAGGACGAGAAGGUGUAGGAAAGGACGUUGCCAAGGCGAUAAUGUCCAGAUCAGGAAAUGUCCAGAUUUGCCUAAGUGCAAUUUGUCGGCAAACGAAGUCUUCAACACAGAUGAAGAUGAGUUUGAUAAUAGUCCUUACACACCGGAAGCAGCCUUCGAAUUCCAGCCGGAAGUGGUAGACACAGAAGAUUUUUACACUCCGGCUACAUUUAAGCCGCCAGUUUACGAAGGCCACGUCUUACCAAACCCUAACCAGGGUCCGUGCCAACCGGGAUUCACGCACAACGACACCAUACAAAGUUGUGACGAUAUCGAUGAAUGUUCUAUAAACAACAAUCACUGCCAUAUGACGCAAAUGUGCGUCAACACGGUCGGCGGGUAUCAGUGCGGCUGCCAACCCGGAUACAGCUCUCUCGGGGCCGGCCUGCGCUGUAUGGAUAUGAACGAGUGCGAGUUGGACACAGAUGGGUGCGAGUACGCCUGCGUGAACGUAGCCGGCGGCUACGUGUGCGCCUGUCCGCGCCAUCUGAGGCUGCACGCAGACAGACGGCACUGUUAUCAACCGUCUUCUCUCCAUGACCCAUACGGGAAUACAGAAACUGAGUACCUGAGUGCACUAGUGGAAUCUCCGGCUAAGUAUAGGAACACAAGGAAUUGAAACUACAAACAUGGUUUUAAACUUUUAUUCAUAUACAUAAUAUGUUGUAUUUAAUAGGAUACGGACUUUAAUUGUUAAGCCAUUUACAGUUCAAGCUAAUAUGGUUUUAAUACUAACGGUAUGAAAUGGCCAAUGUUUUCAAUACUAACGGUAUGAAAUGACCAAUAUUUUAAAUACUAACGGUAUGAAAUGGCCAAUAUUUUAAAUACUUACGGUAUGAAAUAGCCAAUGUUUUCAAUACUAACGGUAUGAACUGGCCAUCGUUUUCAAUACUAACGGUAUGAAAUGGCCAAUGCAAAGCAUUGAACAAGUAAAUAGUACAAACUUUUAGGUAUUACAAUAGAUAGCAACUUAACCUGGAAGUAUCACGUUGAAAAUGUAAACAAAAAACUAGCCAGAACAAGUUAUGCACUAUAUCCAUACUUUCUAAUAUAAUUUCAAGCGAUGUCGCAAUGAAGGCGUAUUAUGGAUAUGUUUAUCCCCACCUGACGUACGGUAUAAUAUUUUGGGGCAAUUCGGUAAACGUCGAAUCAACAUUUCUUCUUCAAAAGAAAUGUUUCUGAAUUAUAUUUAAGCUGAGGGAUAUGGAAUCCCUAAGAGACGUUUUUAAAGACUAUAAAAUAUUAAUUCUGACGUGUAUUUAUAUAUUAGAAAUUUGUAUACUAGUUAAGGAACGAACUGACAUUUUUACCAAAAAAAAAUUACCUAAAACAUAAUACAAUUAGAUCUUCUAGUUUUAUACUUACCAAGAGCUCUUAUGUCUCCGGAAUUGAGAUUUUUAAUCAUUUACCUGAAUAUAUUAAGUCGGAAAAUGACAUCGCGUUUAAAAAUAAGCUCAAGAAAUGGCUAUUAAUAAAAAGCUUCUACAAUCUAAAUGAAUAUUUUAUGUGUAUAAAUGGUUAAAAUUAUUUUGAAAUAGUAUUGUUGUUAAUGUUUUAGUACUUUUAGUAUAUUUGACUAGUUUUAAGUUUAUUAUUGUACGUCCGAAAUGGGCAAGCUGUUGGACUUUAUUUUACCCACAACAUCUAAAUGUACACAGUUCUGACAAUAAAGGAAUUUUAUCUUUA